GGUGGGGGCUGACGGCCGGCAGCUGGGGCGGCAGCCUGGGUGGGCAGAGCAGAGCGGCCGGGCCUGUGGCGGGCAGUAUGGAUAUCAGCUUGAGCAUGGUGGCCCGGGAGGCCAGCCAGGGGCUGAGCCCUGGCCUCGACUGCUUCCCCCGGCCUGCACCCCCCAAGACAACCAAGAAACCUAAAAAGGCUGUUCUCUUUUUUGAGGUGGAGAUUCUGGAUGCAAAGACAAGGGAGAAGCUGUGUUUCCUGGACAAGGUGGAGCCCCAGGCCACCAUUGCAGAGAUCAAGAACCUCUUCACCAAGACCCAUCCGCAGUGGUACCCUGCCCGCCAAUCCCUCCGCCUGGACCCCAAGGGCAAGUCCCUGAAGGACGAGGAUGUUCUGCAGAAGCUGCCCGUGGGCACCACAGCCACACUCUACUUCCGGGACCUGGGGGCCCAGAUCAGCUGGGUGACGGUCUUCUUGACCGAGUAUGCUGGGCCCCUUUUCAUCUACCUGCUCUUCUACUUCCGGGUGCCCUUCAUCUACGGCCACAAAUACGACUUCACGUCCAGUCGGCACACAGUGGUGCACCUCGCCUGCAUCUGCCACUCAUUCCACUACGUCAAGCGCCUGCUGGAGACGCUGUUCGUGCACCGCUUCUCCCACGGCACCAUGCCCCUGCGCAACAUCUUCAAGAACUGCACCUACUACUGGGGCUUCGCUGCGUGGAUGGCCUAUUACAUCAACCACCCUCUCUACACACCCCCCACCUAUGGAGCUCAGCAGGUUAAACUGGCGCUCGCCAUCUUUGUGAUCUGCCAACUGGGCAACUUCUCCAUCCACAUGGCUCUGCGGGACCUGCGGCCAGCUGGGUCCAAGACCAGGAAGAUCCCGUACCCCACCAAGAACCCCUUCACGUGGCUCUUCCUGCUGGUGUCCUGUCCCAACUACACCUACGAGGUGGGGUCCUGGAUUGGCUUUGCCAUCAUGACGCAGUGCCUCCCAGUGGCCCUCUUUUCCUUGGUGGGCUUCACUCAGAUGACCAUCUGGGCCAAGGGCAAGCACCGCAGCUACCUGAAGGAGUUCCGCGACUACCCGCCCCUGCGCAUGCCCAUCGUCCCCUUCCUGCUCUGAGCCACGACCCACGGGGCUCAGUCAGGCGGGCUCUCACCCCGCACCCCAGCGUCAUGCUGGGAUGGCUGCAGCUCUGCAGCACCUGGAAUAAACCCUGCCUGCCCCA